CACUUCACCGUUAGUUUCCACUGAGCUCUUAUUUUGAAGGGGUAGCCGGAUGUAGUAUUACAUUAGGUAGCUUGGCUCUCAGGGGCCGGGCAGCAGCAGCAGUCAGUCUGUCGGUCUGUAGUUCUUCUUCAUUAGUGCUAACACUCAGUCACAGUCGGAGGACUUGUGUGUGGCCGGUCUGUGUCUCUCUCUGGCCGGUAACGGGAGCUCGGGUUGAAGCCGUCGGUGUGAUGGAGGUGGAUAAGAUGGAGGAGAAGGACUGGAGGUACCACGGAGAGGGGAACAAGAGCCUGGUGGUGUCACACGUCCAGCUCUCCAGAGUGUUACGCCUGCUCAAGUAUCCCGCAGAGGACUCUGAAAACCCCCCACAGACCGUGGAGCAGGCCUUCAGGCAGAUUCAGAACAUCGUUGACUUCAGCUCCAACGUGAUGAGCAGCCUGCUGGGGGAGAACUUCAUCCACAGCGGGGAAGUGGUCAAACUGCCGCUGGAGUUCGUUCGACAACUGUCCAUCAAAGUUCAACAUCAGAGACCCGCGUGGCGCUGCGAUAAGGUGAUGGACAUCUACAGCGGCUGUGCUCUGUGUCUGCACCUGACGUCUCCAGUCCUACACCAGCCCACACACACUCCUCCACUCUGCAUCGAGAUCAAGCCGAAGUGUGGCUUCCUGCCGUCCUCGAAACAUGUCAGCAAAGACAUCAAGACCAAAGUGUGUCGCUUCUGCAUGCACCAACACUACAAGGUGGCCAAUGGGAAGUGGAAGAGACGUAGUCUGUACUGUCCUCUUGACCUGUUCUCAGGGAACAGACAGAGAAUGCACUUCGCCGUCAGACACCUGAUAGAAGAACCUCAGAACAACUUCAAAAUCUUCAAGGGCGGUCAGUGUAUCUACAGCAGCAAGGAGGGCAGUGACGACUCGAUGGACCUCAGCUCUCUGCUGCAUCACCUCAGACCGUACUUCCAGUAUGGAAACAACAGAAUCAACAGUCAUAUGACCAGCAAAGCCGUCCUCAAUGACUUCAUCCAGGUUUUGGUUAACGCCCUGCUGAGUGGUGGAGGAGGAGACGGAGGGGUGGUGACGGACAGACGAGGAGAGGGGCGGGGCUUCUGUGAAGCAAGUCUGUUCAACAAGGAGAGGAUUCGCCACGGUUCUCAGGGUUUACCCAGCGACAGCGUCUUAUUCCGGAUCCUUCAGACUCAGAUGCUGGACUCGUUGGACAUUGAAGGACUUCACCCUCUGUACCGCCGGGUGGAGCAACACCUGCAGGAGUUCCCCAAAGAGAGAACUCGACUGCAGAUUGACGGGCCGUACAACGAGGCGUUCCUGGAGAAGCUGCAGAAGUGUCCGAACGAGGACGACGGCUCCAUGGAGUACGCUGUCGCUAAGGUCCAUCAGUACCGUGUCUCCAUGACAGCCAAGGACUGCUCCAUCAUGGUUGCCCUGGUGCCCAGCUGUGAGGAAGAGGAGGAUGAUGAAGGUCAGAGACGUCUCAGAGACUUCCUCUCCUCUAGACCUCCUGCCUUCUCUUACUCCGUCUCCAUCUUGGAUCUGGACCCUAAACCGUUUGACAGCAUCCCCCGCCAGCUGCGCCUGGACCAGAAGAUUGUCUCCUGCUACCUGAGGACUGGCGGCUCUUUACAGAGAGGCUCCCUGCCGCCGCUCCCCGGCAUCUUCAGCGCUGCAGAGCGGGAGGAGUGCACGCUGCUGUUUCAUCCUGUGUGAACGACCUGAGGACGGAGAGACGCCACGCUGAAGCCUGAACAGAGAGGAGGGACGCCAUGAGGUUUAAAAUCAUAUGGAACUAGAGCUGUUAAUCCAAAACUUUACCGCUGCACUUUUUCUUCACUCCACGCACACUGACAGUUUUAAGCUCGGGCUGAUCAGCGGAAUAAAUAUCUCCAGUUAGUUGCUCCUUUAUUACGAGACAUUGAAGCGACUUCUAGAUGUUUCUGUUACUUAUUCUUUAGUUUUUGUGUCAACAUGGCGAUCAACCUCUCGCUCCUGUCAGGAAGUAAAUCCCAACAUCAGCGCUCUGUUCUGUUCUGACUCCUAUUUAUUAGAAAUCUCACUUUGCUCUCUCUUCUGGUGGCGAGAGGCGGGAUUUACCUCCUGAUAGGACGGUGGUGGUGGUUGUUGUUGACGCUGCUGACCGAGGCGCACAGAGGGAGAGAGAGAAGGGAGAGCGGAAGUGUCGUAGAGAAAAGGAGGUUGUUGGGCUGCCAUGUACGUAUGAUGUCAUUUCCUGAAGGUUGGCAGAGCCUCGGGAACAGAAGAGAAGAGACGCUACAUGGCCACUCUUAUCGUCAAAGUCUGCAGGAGGAUAUGUCUGUGGUACCCAUAAUCCUUUGCAGACAUUUAGAUCCUGGAGUUUCAGUCGUGAGCAGCUCAUGAUGAGAUGAAGCGAUGAAAUGUUGACAGGAGUUACUGUGAGAUCCAAGAAGACAGAGAGCGAAGCUUCUGGUAUAUUUUUCUACAGCACAGAACGUGCCGUCUGCAGGAAGUCAACGUGUUGUCUCAUCAGCAGUCUGCUGAAGGUCAAAAUGUCUGCAUCCUUUAUUUUUUAUUUUAUCAGAGCUAAAUGUCCAUAAAGGGUCAGUUCACUCAAAUACACAAGUUUCAAGCUAGUCACAUUUCUUCCUCGUUAAAGAUGAGAAAAUGUUGCUCACAGUUUUAAAACAUUUUUUUUAGACCUCUAGUUGGAAGUCAUUUUCAGGACUUGCACAGCCCCAUAAAAACCUUUUGCUGUUAUGUUACAAUUAAAUUAAACUAACGCACAAAAUGUCAGAAAGCAGUUAAUCAAAAAUGUUUUCUUUGUUUUCAAAAGAGCCACCUCAAUCAGUGAACGCCAGAUCAUUUGCAAACCGUAAGAUAUGUCAACAUACGAUCCUCUGCUGAGAUAUCGCAGUAUCCCUCACUAAUCUGAGUGAGCUGACCCUUUAGAGUUUCUGACCCUGCAGCUGUCAGAGUAGUUUCUGUCAUGCUGCCUCUUUGUUCUGACAUUAAGAAGUUUUUAAGUUGUAGUCAGAAGAAGAAGAUUCACUUUUGUUUGAAGAAAGAUGCGUUUUAGGAUUCGUCUAACAGUCUAACCCGGUAACACAAAGCUUUGUUGAAGUACGGUGAUAUUCUUACACGUCUUUACUGCAAUAACUCGCUCCCAUCAGAUCACAAACUCAGCCAUGUUUAAAAAGUGAUGUCGUCCAACACGAACUCUGGAUGUGUGUCUUCACGUCGUUAAACAGAAGACUAAUGUGACCGUACACUCGUAGAGCCGGAAGCAGGAAGCCCAGCGGAGGAUUUUAUAUCAUGAGGUUUUGAUGGUGAACUCGCUGGAGCAAGGGCUGCUGGGUAACAGAAAGCAGUCCUCUUCAGACGGGCUGAGCUUUAUCCUGCUGCUCCGCUGGUUGUUUGUGCCAAAAGUGGCUUGGUGUGUGUAGAUGGUGUGUGUUUGUCCAUGUGCCUAAAUGUUCUGGUAGGACUGGAGGACGGGGUGUGUGUGUUUAAUAAACUUUGUUACAGGCUGCGUUCACAGCAAAGAUACGAGACAGAUGUAAUACGAUGUGAGGCUGCUGUGGACGCAGCCGUCGACUCUGAGUACCUCAAACAUCAGACGAGUUGAAGCUCAGAGGGGUCGUCUGAUGUUUGAUGAAUGAUGCGUUCAGGAGCGUACAAAGGUUUCUUAAGACGAUGAGACUCUUUCAUACUUCAAGCAGAUAAGUGUGGAUUGAUUGACUACAAGAGGUCUGUUUGGAUGAUAUCAGGUCUUAAGUCCUCGUGAUGUCCUGUCCUCUCAUCGUCCUCUCAAACCAGCAGCGCUCAGAUAAACUGGUUACACUUGACUCAGGUUCCACUUCUUAGCGUCCACUCUCCAAACUCCACCAGCCAAUCAAACUUCCGUAAUACAACCACACUACAAGACUGAAACUUGAGACGACAGAAACCCUCCUGACAUCACUCUGACCAGGGCCCGGGUGUUCAAACGAAACCCGAUCAGAUUAGAGUACCUGACUGGAUCAAAUCUUGAAAACAGUUCGCUUAAAAAGGAAAAAGAAAUAAAGGAUUGGAUCGGGUAAUCUAAUCUCAGUUUUUAUCCUGAUGAAACCUCCAGUUUGAGUUGGAUUGAGAUUCAUCUGAUCCACAAAUCAGGAUGGUUCUGAUCCUAGCAGAGGGCUGGACUCAGACUGGAUCACCAGAGUUUAUUGGACAACGUAACCACUGGGGGUAUAAAAUGUAAGGAAGAAGUCACUACAGAAUAAUUCCUCAAAUAAUUGUAAACAUUUUAGAGCGUUAAGAGCUUUUAUUUAGUGUGUUUUUGGCGCCCCCUGUGAAAAAAGUAGGUAAGGUGUGUCCCCAAUUCCAACACUGGUUAACUUUGAAGUCUGUAUCUGGAUCAUGUUUAGUCAAAGUUCUUCAAAGAAAAAAACAGAAAUAAGGAUUUUCAAAUUCCAGUCAAACCUGUUUGAACAGCCGGGCCCUGAAACUCACUGCUGCGUUGUUGAUCAUCAGUGAGUCAUAUAUCUGUCCCAAACACUAAAAAAUAAAAAGUCACAUUGGAACUAUUCUUUGCUUUUUAAUGGAGUGAGUAGCUGGAGAGUGGGCGGCUGUGAACUGAACCAACCACUGUUUAUGUUGAAUCAAGGACGCAACAGGCAGCUCGACAAGAGAGCCAAGGCAAUGAGACAUUUAAUAUUCCUCUUUAAGUCUGAUGACUUGAACAUAACAACCAAAUGUUUUUUCAACACUUGAAACUUAAGCAGCUAAUCCUGAACUGAAAUCUAAAAUAUAAAUCCCUGAUCAUCUUUAAAAACUUAGUGACAGCUCUGAAGCUCAGACUUCUGUGAAUCAGGAUAAAACUCUUCUGCUUCUCGCAUGAUUUGAACUACAUUUCUUUAUUGUUGCUCAAUUUGCAGCGUUACCUCCUGAUUCAGAGACACAAGAACAAGUUUAAAGUUAAGUUUAGAUUUUUGGGGAUUUAUGACAGAAAACAAACAUGAUGAAAUAUAAAACAUCUGUCCUUGAGAUUAUGGUGGAUUAUGUUAAGAUUAGAACAUGUAUUUUGUGCCCUUAAUUAAACAAACUUUGUCCUGACCUCUCUGACUCGAUUGAAGGAAACUCAGACUGGUGAGCUGGACUCUGAUUGGUCAGUUGCCUCUGCCUCCGCCUGCUGCCUGAGUGUGGUCCUGCAGAAACAUCACAGCACUGUGAUCCCUACAGAUAACUGCGUGUGUAAAUAUCUGAGAAGAAAAUAUUUGAGAAUACAAAGGCGACACUGCUGUCUGGCAUUUUGUAUUUAAAUUAUUUAUUUUUGUAGAUUUUGACCGAUGAGCUCUGCUGUCACAGACUCUUUAUAUUGAAUAAACAUUUCUAAGAGACUAAAA